CGCGGGCCCCAGCCGACCACAACCCCGCAGCUCCUCACCCCUACGAUCCAGGAACGGACGACCGCGAUCAACCUGGCGCGGUACACCGCCUCUCCGGCCCCAUGUGCCCCGCUCCUUCAAUUGGGCCGCAGCCAGCGUCCCACUCCUCCCAGGUCCCACCCAGCUCACUCACAUCACAUCACGCAUUCACACUUGCCCUCCCCGCUCAGCUCGCUCGGUUCAAGCAAAAACCAGGGACAACCCACACCAACGCCGCCUCCGCCUCUGUCUCUGGUCUCGCCGCCCGUCCACUGCUCCGACCAUUGUCGAUUCGGUCGAGGGGAGGACCAGGGGAAGGAGCAAUGGGCCAGGGGAGGCUGGCGGCGGCGCUGCUGCUGGCGCUGGCAGCGUGUGCGGCUCUGCCGGCGGCGACGAUGGCGAACAAGAUCUCCAUCAACUGGAAGCCCAACACCAACUACUCCGACUGGGAGAAGCAGCACAGCCCCUUCUACAAGGGCGACUGGCUCGUGUUCUACUACACGGCGGGUCAGGCGGACGUGGUACUGGUGGACGAGGCCGGGUACAACAAGUGCGACGCGACCAACUCCAUCUACAACUACAGCAAGGGCCGCAACUUCGCAAUCGAGCUCAACGAGACCAAGACCUACUACUUCAUCUGCAGCUACGGCUACUGCUACGGCGGCAUGCGCCUCGCCAUCAAAGCCCAGAAGCUGCCGCCGCCGUCCCCGCCGCCCUCCGCGUCCGACAAGUCCGCCGCCGCCAGCGUCGCCGCGUUCGCCAGGUCCCACGCGCCGCUGCUCUACGCAGCCGUCGCCGUGCUCGCCGCGCUACUGAGGAUGGUGUAGAAAAACUCUAGCGAGUUGUUGACGAGUUGGUCUGCUAGUGUUGGAGUUCUUUUGUUGGAUCUGGAGUUGUUUUUCGGUAGUGUGCCUGGGCUCUGAAAGAGUCUUGUGUUGGGUUGAUUGGCGGUGUGGAUUUGCGGAAGCGAUUGAUUGAGCAGAGAUUAAUUUAUCAAGCGUGAAGAACUUUAUUUGAAGUAAUCAGCUUGCAUCUUUACUCA